UUGAGCCAUUUGUCUGAGAAGAAAGAGACUGUGGAAGUGAGGUAAUAACAAACAAUUAAUACAUAUUGACACUUUGAGCCAUUUGUCUGAGAAGAAAGAGGCUGUGGAAGUGAGGUAAGAACAAAAAAUUAAUACAUAUUGACACUUUGAGCCGUUUGUCUGAGAAGAAAGAGACUGUGGAAGUGAGGCAAAAUCUCUCUAGCCUUUUAAGCAUCAUCUAUGCUGUGUUUCUUUUGACGCUUGGCGGAGUAAUCACAGUAGCUGACCAAAAUGACGUGAGAAGGUAUAUAGCUGAGAUCUUCAGCAUUAUUGUGGCUACAGUGGGAAUCCUUUGGCUUCUUAUCGUUCAUAUAGACCUUAAAAAUUACAAGAAAAAUAUCGUUCGUAGUUUAUACAGAAGAAAGGAAAGCAUGCAAGACGAGAUGGACCGCAGAAGUCAAACGACAGUGACCCUUUGUAACAGUGCAACAGUCCUGAAAAACAGUUUGGAGAAACCUUCGUAUAUGUUUCUUAGAGGGCGCCACAGUGGCAGUUUUUAUCUCAAAAUAGGAAUGGCAGCCUUUUGUUUCGGUCACUUGAUCUACGAAGGAUUACAAUUAGGUCAACAAGUAAUAUAUCUUACACAACAGGGAACCGAUUGUGUAGAUGUCGCUGCCAUCGUUCUUCAUAUAAUCACCCCUAUCUACUCUUUCUAUCAACUGUUCUUCUGCUUUAAGUAUGCUAAUGUAAUAAUUAACAGAAUGAAAGUGUUAUCAAGGUUUGGAGUGAUGCACCUACUGGGAACAUCGCUGUACUUCUGGUUAAGCACCAUAUUCGAAGAUGUCAUACAGAACUAUUUACUGAUAGUCAGCGACGAGACUGUAACCACCAAUAACACAACAGACCUUAAACCUUUUAUAAGUUCGAACACAGAAUGUUUAAAGACGUAUUUCGUCUUAUCACCGUACUCACUCCAAGCAGUCCCGUAUCUGUACCCCUUCACCAUUGAAUACAACCUGCUUCUAGCAGGGGUCUGGUUCAUCGCAUGGCAGAACAUUGGCAAAGAUCACAGACACGCUGAAGCUUGGCAUCUCACACAGAAAGUCAAUAUGGAAGAAGAAGACGAUAUAAAAUUUGAAAGUAAUCUCGUUCUCAGUGUAGAUUGUCACUCGGCAAAUAGAGGACUUUUUGCUGGGUUAUUUUUGUUGUUUGUUACCACAGUAACGGUAAUCGUCUUCUUUGUAUCAAUUAACAACGAUGAGUAUAUUCAAACUGGAGUGGACCUAUACGUAGCUCAAGAAAUCUGUUUAGUUAUUUUGGGUCUCAUUUCUUUGUCACUUGCCUACCCUUUGGUUGCCAAGUUAGACAUUAAUUUACAUCCAAUCACUUUUCUAGAUGACCUUCUAAUGUUUCUACCUCUACCAUUUUUCUUUAUCAAUGGAAUUUUGACGGUGUGGGCGGAGUUACAAGACAGUAACUACGUCAGGGUGGUUCUGAGCAUAUUGUUAAAUAUCCAGGUUAUCUUUCAGACUGUGUUCGUCAGUAACGGCCUACGUCGCUGCAGUAACAGCUACGAUCUUCGAUACCAGAAACCCGGGAGGGAGCUGAUAACGUUUCUGAUAAUCUUGAACCUUGCCAUGUGGAUCGUCAAUACCUUCCAGCACAAAAAUGCCGAACCGUAUCAAGCACCAGAACAUCACUACGGAACUCAGUGGAUGUUUGUAGCACAUGCUACCCUCCCCCUCAUGUUGUUUUACCGGUUCCAUUCCUCUGUGUGUCUCGCUGACGUCUGGCAAUCAGCUUACAAGAAAGGAGAGUGAGUGAUGGGAGUUGGAAAAAACUGUAGACAUAAACUACGUUUUAAGAGCUUGUGGUCUACAGGCGAGUUUUAUUCAUUGUCAUUUCUACUUUUUCAAUCAAACCACAUACCAAGUAUGAUGCCAGGACAAUCAUCACUAAAAGAUGGAAAAUGUACAGUUUUCCCUGUUAUUUCAAACAUUCAAUAUGGUUAUCUGUUAAACGUAUUUUUUUUUAAUUCGUCUAAUUAUAUAUAUGUAUUAUACAAUAACUUUGAAAUGUUAUGUACCCAGAUCAUAUUUCUAAUAGAUAUGUGUUCUAGAACAUCAAUGAAUGAUAUUAGAUCUAUUACCGCCUCAAGUUUGAAGAGAGUCGGUCUCGGUGCUCACAUGUUCAAAAUAGUUAUCACUUGUAUGUUGAUACAUGUUGAACAAAUAAACAAGUGCAAAUUGA